CAGCUAGGAAGCCGCCGGCCCGUGGGCGUUGUGUCGGGGAAAUGGCGGCGCUCGGAGCGGGCCUGGCCGCGGCCGCUCGCGGGAGGUAGCGGCACCUCCCUCUCCCCAGCGGCUGGCGGCAAAUGUGCAACACCAAGAUGUCAGCUGGGUCGGACGACCGCCUGGGCGCCUCUGCCCUUCCCCCCGCCGAGCAGGAGGCACUGGUUAAGCCGAAGCCACUGUUGUUGAAGUUGUUAAAAUUUGCAGGUGCCCAAAAAGACACUUUUACAAUGAAAGAGGUAAUAUUCUAUCUUGGCCAAUAUAUUAUGUCUAAACAAUUAUAUGAUGAAAAACAGCAGCAUAUUGUCCACUGUGGCGAUGAUCUUCUUGGAGAUCUAUUUGGGGUACCAAGCUUUUCGGUAAAAGAACACAGGAAAGUAUACUCAAUGAUUUCCAGAAACUUGAUAGCAGUCAGUCAACAAGAGUCUAUGGAAGCAAACACAUCUGAAAAUGAGACCAGGUGUCAACUUGAAAAAGGCAGUGUUCUAAAGGAAUCCAUGCAGGAGUUAGUUGACGAAAAACAGACAUCCCCAAAUUUGACUGCUAGACCAACUACCUCAUCUAGGAGGAUGCUCAGUGAAUCUGAAGAAAGUUCUUCAGAUGAACAACCUAGUGAAAGAAGAAAACGGCAUAAGUCAGACAGCAUUUCGCUCACAUUUGAUGAAAGCCUUUCUUGGUGUGUUGUAAGUGGGCUAUGCUGUGAAGGAAGCAACAGCAGUGACUCAAUAGACUCUGCAAGUCCUGAUCUUCAUGCCAGUUCAUUAAGCGAAAACUCUGAUGAUUGGUUUGACCAGAAUUCUGUUUCAGACCAGUUCAGUGUUGAGUUUGAAGUUGAGUCCAUUUAUUCAGAAGAUUAUAGCCAUAAUGAAGAAGGACAAGAGCUCACAGAUGAAGAUGAUGAGGUAUAUCAGGUGACAAUAUAUCAGACUGAAGAGAGUGAUGCUGAUUCAUUCGAUGAAGAUCCUGAAAUUUCACUAGCUGAUUAUUGGAAGUGCACUAAAUGCAAUGAAAUGAACCCUCCCCUUCCACGGCAUUGCCCCAGAUGCUGGGCUCUUCGUGAGGACUGGCUUCCUGAUGAAAAGAAUGACAAAUCUGAAAAGAGAAAAUUGGAAAGUUCCACGCAGCUAGAGCAUGUAGAGGGUUUUGAUGUUCCUGACUGUAAGAAAAUGAAAAUGAAUGAAGAUAAAGAACUAAGUGUUGAAGAAAGUGAGGAUACAACAGCGCAAACUUCUGAAUCCCAGGAAAGUAAGGAACACUCUCAGCCAUCUACAUCUAGCAGUAUCUUCUGUAGCAGUCAAGAGGAUUGCAAAGAACCUGAGAAAAAAGAGACAGAAGACAAAGAGGAAAGUAUGGAAUGCAGUCUGCCCCUUUCCAGCAUAGAGCCCUGUGUCAUAUGUCAGAGCAGACCUAAAAAUGGCUGUAUAGUUCAUGGCAAGACAGGACAUCUUAUGUCGUGUUUUACUUGUGCAAGGAAACUGAAAAAGCGGGAUAAACCCUGUCCAGUCUGUAGACAGCCAAUUCAGAUGAUUGUGCUAACUUAUUUUAGUUAGAAGGAACUUCAGCAUAACUGUGCACAGGGCCGGCUCUAGCCAUUUCACUGCCCCAAGCAUGGCGGCACGCCGCAGAGGGCGCUCUGCCGCUCGUUGGUCCCACGGCUCUGGUGGACCUCUCGCAGGCGUCCCUGUGGAGGGUCCGCUGGUCCUGCGGCUCCAGUGGACCUCCUGCAGGCACGCCUGUGGGAGGUCCACUGGAGCCGCGGGACCAGCGGACCCUCCGCAGGGACGCCUGUGGGAAGUCCACUGGAGCCGCCUGCCGCCCUCCCGGCAACCGGCAGAGCACUCCCUGCGGCAUGUCGCCCCAAGCGCGCGCUGGGGCCUGGAGCCGCCCCUGACUGUGCAACAAAGCCUCAACAGUCUUUCUUAAAAACUUCCAUAGACUUGAACAAUUAAGAGAGUAAGGAGCUAUUUUUCUAUGUUUAACUAAAGACAUAAUAUUUUGGGUGAUUAUUUUUUUCGUUUGGUUUUAAUGAAAAGUGGAUCUUAAAAAAAUUGCACUGAAAUUGAUAGUUUUCUUCAUUAGGCAUUUGGGGAGAUUUUAAAAUACCCAAAUGCCUGAAACUUAUUUCCAUGUUAGGGAAUCUGUCGCAACAAGACUUGUACAUCACAAGCAGAUCAGUAAUGACACUUGUACAACUAUAUAGAAUAUCCAUUUUAAAAUAGUGAAUGUAAUGUUUUUGAGAAAUGAGAGCGAUCUCAAGUUUCAUUAUUGUGAAAAUCAGUUUUUCUUUGCUCAGUAAGAAUUAAUAGAUUUUAUAAUUUCAACCUUCCUAUCUUUCUACAAAUUCCAGUAUCUGUUUCUUAGUCAAGUCAUUGGGGAAAAUCAGAACUCCUUAAGAAAUUCCUAGGAAAAUUUCUAUUUUGAAAAAUAAAAUGUUGACGUCAUUGCUGAGAAUUAAAUUUAUUUAUCAAAGUAAAUUGGGGGAAAUAUUUCUGAGACUACUUCAGAUCACCCAAAGAUGUGAAAGCAGCACAGUGAUAUUUUGCAUAAGAGUUGUUUUUUAGUUCAGUAGUUUUUUUAAAUUGAAUCUGUGAUUCUUUGUUUUGUAAGGUUUUUCUGAAUAUUGAAGAGUUGUGAGGUGUAGAUUGGCCAGUUAUAUAUUGAAAUCAGACUUCAAUAUAAAAUGUUGAUCAAAUUUCUUUGGAAAAAAAUCUGUAAAAUUAAAUAUCCUUAAAACUA